GAGGACUGCAACAAGUGUAAGCGAGAUAGGAUAUAAGCCCUGCUUCUGAUGAGCUCCACGCCAGGUAUAUUGCGAGCACCCCUGCUGGCGCAAGCGGACCGAGAUAUUGCCCAAAUCCAUGAGCCUGCAGAGCAGUGCGCAUUAUUUUUUGAAGAAUGGCAGCCCGGCGGGACGGCACGAUACCUUCUUCAUCGUCGAGGGAUGGGGCGGCAAUCUGAAAUCAAAACAAUACGCUCCUUGUCGCAAACUUUGUUGUGCAAAUCAAGGCUGAGGGCCUGCCGGUGGAUAAAAAUACAGCGGGCCGUCAGCAUGAGUGUGCGGUGCUGGGUGGCCCUGGAAGUGAGUGUCAGUGCGUUUGGCAAGAGUCGCCGAGCAAUAAUCAUCCUCUCUGCCCAUCUCUACCCCGACCUUCCCACCAGGCAAUGUCGAUCGCUGUAUUAUUAUCUGGCCAACCAGACCGCCAAGCAGCGAGCUCGGAUGCUCCCAGCCUGCCUCGGUGUGGCUGAGCCGAUGGUAUUAACAAUCAGCAUCGGUAAUUUUCCCUAAACUGACAGACUGCGUGUACACAUCGCUGCGCUUUCACACCGUCCCUUCCAUGAUGUGGGCUGAUGAUAUUAAUAGGUGUCUG